AUGGCCUGUAAUCAAAAUAAAAGUAAUACUCUGAAAAACACGAACAGGCAAUCAACCAAAAAGGAAACCAAUAUCAACUAUAGUCAUGACACCAUAAAUAUCCGAAUCCUCCAACUGAAUGCACAAAAGAGCAAAGCAGCCAGUUCACUGCUAAUUAAAACAGCUAAUGAUACAAACAGUGAUAUCAUCAUGAUACAGGAGCCUUACACAAUCGACAAUACGAUUGUCAGAUUCGGGAACUGGCGGGUUCUUGCUGGCCACUGUAAUACUAGGCCAAAGAGUGGUAUUCUCGUCUGUAACACCAGCCUGGACAUUGCACUUAUCCCACAGCUAUGCUCGUACAGGAUCUGUACGGCAGUCAUCCAUCAGAAAAGGCCCAUUUACAUUAUCGGUGUGUACUUCUCUCCUGACGACGAACAUGAAGACUGCAUUAAUGAACUAGCAAACAUUAUAAGGAGAAUCGACACCAAUAGCGUUAUCAUAGCAAGAGAUCUCAAUGCUAAAUCAGCAAUUUGGUUGCACAACAAGAAGGACAAAAGGAGAAGGCUAGUGGCAGACCUUAUGGAAGUACAUGACCUGAUGUCGACUAAUAUGACCACCUAUCCAACUUUUCAUACCCCACACGCGGAGGGCUGGACUGACAUAUGUCUGGUAUCAAUGGACCUUAGCCAUCGCAUAGUUGACUGUGAGACUAUGCUAAUCCCAUCCGCAAGUGACCACAGAUACAUCAUGACUCAGAUCUCUAACAUUACCAUCUCUAAUCCCAAAGCAAUCACCAGGGCAAACACACUAACUGGGAACUCUUCCGGGAGCUUUUCAGCCAACAAUGGAGGAAUUAUGAUUUUCUCCCGUAUAAACACCCAAAAAGAUAUAGACGAUUAUGUCAAUUUCUUUACAAAGGCAAUGCAAUCAGCAAAGGAGCAAGCGACCAGAACUAAAACAAAAAGACAAAGAAAGACUCCUUGGUGGACCGAAGAACUAACAAUUAAAAAGAAAAAGACAACAAAAAUUCGCAGAAACAUAACUAGAACAAAUAACGAGGAUGAGAAAACCAGGUUAAAGCAAACAUAUAAAAUUUAG